AUGUCUCCCCAUCAUCCAAGAGAGGUCAGCGGCGGCGACAGUGACCAUCACCGGCACACCUUGCCCGGCGCGAAACAACAGUACCAAUUCCAAACCGGCAACUUGCGAGACGUGGAAGAAGAAUACGAGUCCAUGUCGCCGUCCCCCGAGCUCAAACGGCGCCGAUUCAACGGAAUGGGGCAUUACCAAGCAGUCUCGUCGCCAGGGCCGUACACAGGCCACCCCUUGUCGAGGCAACCCAGAUCCUCGCUGAGCAUGCCUCCCACCCCGCCAGUAGCGGGUUACGGACCUCUGCCCGGUCCAUCGGCACUUGCGAGGACUGGAAACAUGGCGCCUCCUCCGCGGCCACAUCAUCCUGCGUACGCAGGACCGAGCCGCGGUCCCGGUUUCGACGAGAGUCUCCGCCUGCCGCCACUGCAAACUCAGACAUCUCCGCCGCUCAAUCGAGAAAACGACUCAAACGACCGCCCGAGCGCCCACCCUACUGCUGGUCUGGGCAUCUCAAACCCGCGGGACAGCUAUGCCCAAAGCCUUGAGGCCAUGAUCAUGACGAUUCCUUUUCUGAGCAAGCUUAAGGUGCUGCAAAAAAUCAGCCCAACAUUGGCACCGUCAGGGCCAAACAGCCCGGACAUCGAGAUUCGCGGAGCUGUCAUUGCUGUCGAGGGAGCCGACCCUCGGCAACUGGAACAGGUGGGAACGGCGGUUCACCGAUCCCUGCUUGGCCUGGGCGAAAUCGAUUUGAAAACGUGGAGCGACGGACCGAGCAUGCCGGUGUCUGUGUUGUCAGCCGAGGAAGACACAAUGAUGAAUGACACCGCGUCCGUUGGGAGCAGCAGGAAAAGCAGCCACUCGCAACCCAGCCUGCAGACCUCGGAGCUGUUCUCUAAGUAUAUGCAGACCAUGAUGAAGUGGCACGAGAAGUCGCGGGAGAUUGUCAAGCACGUAUCCACGAGACCGGUUUCUGGAUCGGAUGGACCGCCGCUCACGAGACGAGCAUCCGACGGGGAGAUUGUCGGAUCCAGACAUAGUUCGGUAUCGGCGCCUGGCAUCAGCAAGACGCCGAUAGCCCUGCUUCCUGCGGGAUUCAGCUUGUCCAUCUCCGACAAGUUUGCUUGCAUGAUACCCAUUGCCGAUUCGUACGCCCCAGUCGACCACUGGCAGUGGAUGUCGACCCUAUGGAGGGGAAUCAUUGGACCAGACCUCGUCAUCUACGUCAAGUCGGUGGCGGAGGACGAGGUCACUCGCGGAGGUGCCGUUGAGUUUAGAGGUCCCGGCGUGAUGGUGGUCAGGAUCGCGCACAGCAAGUCGCUGGACGAGAAGACUGAGCGACGCAUCUCUUUUGAGGUGGUGGAAUGGAUUCGAGGCGGCAGUUACCAGGAGGGAUUCGGACGAGGUUAG